AUGUUGGAUCAGAUUCAUCUGCUGGCUGCUGUGACAGUCCUGGGAGUUGUGGAGCAAGCCUACUUCUUUCUCCAGGUGAUCUAUGCCAGGAGGAUGUUUGGCAUUUCUCCACCAAAGAUCUCAGGCCCACCUGAAUUCGAGAGGGUCUUUCGAGCACAGGUGAAUUCCUCUGAGUAUUUUCCCAUUUUUCUGGCAGUUCUGUGGCAAGCUGGACUCUUCUUCCACCAAGGUCUGGCUGCAGCCUUGGGGCUGCUCUAUAUCUGCUCUCGUUACUGCUACUUCAUGGGAUACAAGGAAUCAUCCUCAGAAAGGCUCGUCCCAUUAUACAUCAGCAGUGGAGUUCUCUGGAUUCUCAUUGCAGCAUCAGCUCUGGGCAUCUUGCAUUUCUUCCUCUCUCACUACGUGGGGCUGAACAUCCUCCAGCUUCUCCCAGUGUGACCUGUUCCUUUGUCCCUCGUUGUUGUUCUCACCUUCAAGCCCUGCUCCCUCCUGUCCAGAGUAACAGACUGGCUGUACCUACCACAGCACAAUCAACAAAUCCACCCUCACCUGACUUUUUAACACCUCCCUCCCUGUUGCUCGGCACCGGCACGAACUGCUGAGCAUUUUGGGAGGUGUUUUUCCUCUGCAGUACUCUUUGUGCCCUAUCUGCCAGCUCCCUCAUGACUGAUGUGGAAAAAAAAAAAAAAAAGCUCCAAUACAAGGAGAAGGUUAGAAAAAAUGGACACAUAAAAGCAAACUUAUCUCAGCCUGAACUUCCCAGUGAGCUGACACAGGGAAGUGCCAUGU